AUGACCAAUAAAAAGCGAAAGAGACACAGCAAAAAUGAUGCAUCGAACAAGAACCAUAAAUCACCAAGUAACAAGGAGCAAAAGAUUAUAUCACCUUCUACCACUAAGCGUACAAAGUCAAAUGAAUCUUCCAGCUUUCUCGAAAAGAUGCGAGCGAGGUUGUCUGGUGGUCACUUUAGGAUGAUUAAUGAGAAGCUCUACACUUGCACUGGGAAGGAAGCACUUGAUUAUUUCCGUGAAGAUUCAUCUCUAUUUAACUUGUAUCAUGAAGGGUACAAAACACAAAUGUCUAAUUGGCCAGAAAAGCCCGUUGAUGUUAUUAUUAAAUGGCUGAAAAAACAGAACCCUUCUUUUGUUGUUGCUGAUUUUGGUUGCGGGGAAGCACUCAUUUCCAAAAGCGUGAAGAAUACUGUCUUCUCUCUAGACCUCGUCUCCAACAAUCCCACUGUAAUUGCUUGUGACAUGGCAAAUACUCCACUAUUCUCUUCAUCUGCUGAUGUUGCUGUGUUUUGUCUUUCAUUGAUGGGAACCAACUAUCAAACUUACCUUGAAGAAGCAUACAGGGUGCUUAAGCCAGGUGGGUGGCUUUUGAUUGCUGAAGUAAAGAGCAGGUUUGAUCCAAACAAUGGAGGAGCAGACCCCGAGAAGUUUUCAAAGGCUAUUUCAGAGCUAGGAUUUAACUCUGUCAAAAGCGACUUAUCAAAUAAAAUGUUUAUUUUGUUUUACUUCACAAAAAAGGUAAAGCAAAAUUCUAAAAGGAAGGAAAUCGAAUGGCCCUCACUUAAACCUUGUUUGUACAAGCGUCGGUGA